AUGGACUAUCAAAAUGUUAUCCUUACGAUCAUUGCUGUCAUCGCUUUCAUUGGCAAUAUGUUAACAGUUCUGCUAUUCUUAAGGAAAUCAAAAUUGUUAAAAAAGACUUACAACUGUUUAAUUCUCGCCUUGGCAAUUCAAGAUGUACUCCUUGCAAUCUGCAUCAUGGUUUUACCUGGAUUCAUCUUGGGAGGAGAUUAUUACAAUGUUCCUGCGGACAGCGAAAUUUCGAGAUGGAUAUAUUGUAAGAUGCUUUGGUCGCACUUCAUCCCUUUCGCUUUGGGGAUAGCAUCUGUGUAUACCUGUCUUAUGUUGACUUUUGACCGCUGGUUAGCUGUUGUAAAACCUCUUUCUUAUAAGAAAUACGAACAGUCUAGAAUGGUUGUCAUUUUAACUGUCCUGUUUCCUUGGAUUGCUGGAAUGUGCUUUGAAAUCACGGCACCGUUGGGCACGUCGUCGACUGAAAUCAAUGGCACGGUCGUAUGCUAUUGGAAAACGCGCGAAUACACGUCGAAAACAAUAUUUCUCGCCGUAUUCACCUUCCUUGGGAUGAUUGUUAUACCAGCCGCACUUAUGGUGCUGGCUUACACUAGCAUCAUCGUCCACAUGAAGAGGUCCCAAAACAGAGUUACCGUCAUAAGAAACAAUAGCGAGAUGAGAAGACGAAGGAGCGCAUUUAUGUCUCUAAAGCGCGUCACAAUGACAGCAUUUUUUGCGUCUACUGUGGUGAUCGUAUGUUGGUUGCCGGAUCAAUUUUUCUACGCCUUGUCACAAGUUCAGUUGACGGAACUACAAACUACAACACAUUUCGUUGUCAAGAUAUUGGCUUUCGCCAAUUCAUGUUUUAAUCCUGUUAUCUACUGUUUCUCAAACAGUACGUACACAAGAGGGCUUAGGGAAAUGUUCGGUUGUCUCUGUUGUAAAAUGUAUCCCUUGGUGAGCGAGUUUUCAAUGCCAGAGCAUACCACGUCUUAA